AGUUAAUGUUUCGUGACUCAUGUCGUAUAAGUCACCAUCAUUAAACAAAUCAAAUUAUAAAUUAUCUCGUUAGGAAUAAUCAAGGUUAUAGAAACAAAAACACGUAAUCUACAUUUGAUAGUAAUAAUUUCAUCAUUAUAUUAGAUGAGUAAUAAUUUAAUGAUAAAAUGUUUAUCUUCUAUCGCUAACGUUGUCUAUUCACAGAAAAUUUUUAAUGUAUCUCAUCUCUCUAUCGAAACAAAAAAAUGCUAGAAGAAAUUAAAACUCCAGAUGAUUUGAUGAAAUAUGAGGAUAAAAUCAAACCAAGUUGGCUAAGCACCCAGUGGUUGUCAUGGAAUAAGUUCUCCGAAAGUAUGCUUAGAAGUAUUGAAAAAAGGAUAUUACAAACAGUGUGCAAAGUUCCAUAUCGAGGCUGGUUUGUGGAUAUCGGACCAGUUGUUGGUCCAGCUGAUAAAAUAUGGACCAUUUCCAUGAAUACGGAGUCUCUCAAAACACCCUUAGUUCUUCUUCAUGGUCUCGGAGCAGGUGUAGCGAUGUGGUGUUUGAAUUUGGAUUCGUUUUCCAAAACGAGACCUGUAUAUGCAUUAGAUUUGUUAGGCUAUGGUCGAUCUUCAAGGCCAGAUUUCAGCACUGAUAGUGUCAAAGCUGAACACCAGAUGGUGAAAUCUAUUGAAGAAUGGCGCAAGGAGAUGAAAUUGAAGGAAUUCAUCGUCGUUGGACACAGUUUGGGAGGAUUUUUGGCAGCUUCAUACUCAAUAUCUUAUCCCCACAGAGUUAAACAUCUUAUUUUGGCAGACCCUUGGGGUUUUCCAGAAAAACCUUUGGAAUUCAAGGAUGUCCCUUUUUUGAUCAGGUCACUUUCAUAUAUUAUGAGACCUUUCAACCCUCUAGCAGGCAUUCGGAUGGCUGGACCAUUCGGCCCCUGGUUCAUCAAUACUGUAAGACCUGACAUAUCCAAGAAAUAUUUAGAUGUACUGGAAGAUCCUUAUCUGAUUCCUCAGUACAUAUAUCAGUGCAAUUCUCAGCAUCCCAGCGGUGAAAGUGCCUUCCAUACAAUGAUGAAUGGAUUUGGAUGGGCUAAAAACCCCAUCGUCAGACGUAUUGAUCAACUAAGUGAAGAUAUUCCAAUUACUUUAAUAUAUGGAUCCCGCUCAUGGGUGGAUCAUUCUGCAGGAGAAGUGAUUGCCGAUAAAAGGAUAAACUCUUAUUUCAAAUUACAGGUUGUUAGCGGUGCAGGUCAUCACGUUUAUGCUGACAAACCAAGAACCUUCAACCAAAUAGUUCUCACAGCAUGCGAAUACACCGACUCUCUGCAGCAAUCGAAGUAUCUGGCUCUAAUGCCCUCUGAAGACCUGGAACACAAAUAAUGAAAAAGUUAUUGAGGAUUAUGAAAACAAUCUUGUUCUUCCAUCAUGUAUUGGAUAAAAUGCACAGUGUACCUUUUUCUCCAUUAUUCAAUUCUGUUAUUUCUGCACUGAAAUUCAUCACUUUACAUACAGAAAUCAAAAAUAGUUUGUAAUAAUGUUCGGAGAGAUCAGUUAUGUAAUGAUCUUCUAUUUCAUAUAUGCUGCUAAAAUUUUGUUUUGUUUGAACACCUUUUUUAUUUGCUUGCUAUUGUAAUGAACUUACCUUUGCUGGCAUGUGAAAUACUUUCAGUUAAAAAGUUGUUGGUUAUACUAAUAGUAUUGAUUUUUUUGUGUUUGUUAUGAUUUUUAUACAUAUAUGUUGUUCAUCUACCCAAAAUGUAAAAAAUGUUGUUUUAUGUGAAAUGUUGAAUAUAUUUUUGAUACACAAUCACUGCUGAGGAGGCUGUGAUAAUAUUAAAAAUCAUGUUCCUGUU